AGCCUACAAUUCUUUUUUUAUAAUGAAAAAUAUAAUAACAAAAAAAGAUAAACAAAUAUUUUACAAAGGGAGGAAAAACGGAUCGAUGACCUCACAGGUUGGAUAAGAACUAAUGAGAAAUCAAGUUUCAAAUUAUCAUUAGAUAAAUUUUGCGAGUUUAUUUCAAUCUUAACAAGUUUUGAUUCAAAGAUAAUUCCUAAUAAUCUCAUGGUCCGCCACAACCUCGUCACUGUUGUCCCGAAGGACAUACUCAUCCGCAUCUUAGCGCUGAUAGCUAGCGACUCGACGACGGACCUCGUCAAACCCUUGAAGCAUCUGCGGAUGAUUCUGUCUACCGCAAUGCCAAACUCACUCCAUUCCCCGUCUUCUCAUGGAGUAUCAGCCCUUCUGCCGCCUUCUUCCUCGAGCGACGAUAGAUGGCUCGAGACGGUCCGAUACUGUCGGGAGAGGGUCAGAUCGAUCAUCGAGUCUUUGUGGGUGUGGACGACGAUAGCCGAGCCGCAAGGGAGGGGCUGCCACUGCUUAACGAGGAAUGUCGUCAGAUACGAUGGAUGGGAGCCAAAGGAGGAGAUCGAGCUUCGUUUCUGCGCUGCCAAUGGUUGCCCCUUUUGCUUUUAGAAGCAUGAAGUCAUGGCACUUUGCAGCAUGUUGAGAUCCCGCUGAACAAAUAAUGUGAGCUUUCUUACUUGGUGUUUUUAUAUAUAUAUGUUUAGUGUAACCCUAAUAUCCCAUUUUCAUCAUCCCGCAGAACAAGUCAUUCUCUUUGAUAGAAUAGAGUCUCUCUAGCUACUCUCUAAUCUACAUUUGGAGCUAAUUUCAUUUCAGACCAUCUUUCGGGUGUAUCAUUAAAACAAACCGAAAUACCGAUUGUUGCUUUUUCAUCUCGAAUCAAAACGACAAUAACUU